CUUUCUUUUUUUUCGCUAUUGAAGAAAAGGUGUUAUUCAUGUUAAUCGAACGUUAGUUAGUUAAUUGUGAUUGUUAUUCGGUAAUGAGAAUAAAUGAUAAAUGAAAAAAAAUUAUGUCUCAUCAUAAUAAUUAUCAUAAACAAUCAUCAUCGAGGUUUAUUCCAAAUCCCUUCUGUAAACGAACCGAAAAUAUUAAGGUUUUGAAAGAUAUUAGUCUAAAUAAAAUGACAACAACAUUAAAUCAAUAUCGUAAAGAUGUAAUGUUCUGUGAUUUUGAACUACGAAUAUUAUCAAAAGUAUUCCCUGUUCAUAAAUUGGUAUUGGCUUCGGCAAGUCCAUAUUUUGAAACAUUAUUCCGUAAUUCGGGAAGUUUUAUCGAAAAUUCCAAUAAUUAUGUUGAUAUUAAAGAGGUAGAUAAUCCAGAAUUAAUGGAAACAGUACUGAAUUAUAUCUAUACGGGCGACAUUGAAAUCGAUUCACAUAAUGUACAGGAAAUUGUACAGAUUUCAAGCAUAUUGCAAUUAACAGAUUUGAUUAAUUAUUGUACAAAAUUUCUCGAAAAUAAUCUACAAACAUUCAACUGUAUUGGAAUACUUUGUUUUUCAGAUUUCUAUGGAUUAUCUUCAUUGUGUUUUGAAGCAAAACGUUUUAUCGAAAACAAUUUUGCCGAAAUUAUUAAAGAAGAUGAAUUUCUAGAAUUACCGGCCAAUCUAUUCAAAUCAUUCUUAAAAAGUGAAAAUCUAAGCAUCAUUUCGGAAUAUCAAGUUUUGAUGGGCACUGUUGAUUGGAUACUACAUAAUCCACAAGAAAGGCUGCAAUAUCUUACCGAAUUCAUCAACAUUAUACGGAUGCCAAUCAUUUCUCAUAAUUUGAUCGAAACUUUGAUUGAAAAAUGUGAUAAUCCAGUCGUUGUCGAUACACUUCGCCGUUACAUGAACAAUAAUGAAGAUCGAUGUCCCGCUGAUGCGAAUUUCGGUGGUUAUAGUUCGGUACGAUGUAAACCUCGUAUGGCUUCAAGACGAGCAAUCUAUCUAUUUGGUGGUCAAGGAUCAAUGAAUACAUCACGUAAUUGGAAUAGUUUGCAUACACUGUGUUUGGUUGAAAAAUAUAAUUUUCAUACGGCCACCUGGCAUAUGGUAAAAUCAUUGAUGUAUCCUCGUAGUAGUCAUUGUGUGGUUCAAUUACAUAACAAAUUAUUUGUCAUUGGUGGAAUUUGUGAUUCGCUCAUACUUGAAACAAUGGAAAUCUAUGAUCCAACCAGUGAUGAAUCUUCACUUGGACCACAUUUAAAAAUGCCUCGAUCAGCAUUCGGUGCAUGUUCAUAUUCCGAUUCUUAUAUCUAUGUUUUCGGAGGUCUUGGUGGUGGUGGUCUGUUUGUCGAACAAUUCGAUCCACUUACUAAUCAUUGGGAGAUUUAUGAUCAAAUGCCUUCAUAUCGAUAUGGUAUGCAAGUGAUUGAACAUGAUGGUAUCAUUUUUAUAAUUGGUGGUGUCAAUUCACAUGAAAUGAUUACAAAUUCAGUCAUGUCAUAUGAUCCGCAGACAAAAAAAUUUUACGAAUUAGCUCCGCUUAAUCAGCCACGAGAAUCAUUUGCUGCCUGUAUUCACAAUGGUAACUAUAUCUAUGUGAUUGGUGGAAUAGGACUUAAUAGUCAAAUUCUUAAUUCGGUCGAACAAUAUAACAUUAAUGAGAACAAAUGGUCAUAUGUAACCGAAAUGCCUACAGCAAAAUCAAAUCUUUGUGCUGCAAGUAUCAAUAAUCUUAUCUAUGUUUAUGGUGGCCAAGGAUCAUUAAUAAAUCCACAAAAUUGUCGAAUCGGUAAAAAAGUUUUUGUUUAUGAUCCAGAAGUAAAUCAAUGGUUAACAAGUAAACCUAUGACACAAGGACGUUUAGAUGCGGCCGUUAUUGUUGUUUGAUAUUUGUUCAAAUUAAUUCAUUUUUUUGUAUAAUUUUAAAACAUUUUUUUCAUUUAAUAUUAUUUUGAUCAAUAAAAAUGACAAUUUGUGUUCGA